AAGCUGCACUUCGCUUACCCUGCGCGGCGGUAGCGGCUUUUUCCGCUUGGCUCCGAUGACCUGCGGGAAGCGAAGGGCUUCGCCGAGGCGCACCAGCCGCACUUCCCGGCCCAGAAGCGGCGGGGUUUGGUAGCCUUCCUCCGGUUUGGCGCACCCACCGCCUCCCGCGGGGGGCGAAAAAAAAAAAAAAGCCUUGUGGAUGAGCAGAAGCGCAACAGGGGAGCCGAGAAAGAAGUAGUGGUGAUCAUAAUGAAUGGGCAUAUUUCAAACACCCAUCCCAAUGUAUACGGAAAUUAUCCUUCUCAAGUAAAUGGAUAUGGAUCACCAACCUUUUCUUCAAGGGACAAGGAUCAGAGUUCAAAGACAAGUGCAAAAGCUUUGUAUGAGCAAAGGAAGAAUUAUGCACGAGACAGCAUCAGCAGCAUUUCAGAAAUAACACAAUAUCAUGUGGAGCACCUGACCACUUUUAUUCUGGAUCGGAAAGAAGCCAUGAUCACAGUUGAUGAUGGAAUAAGGAAGCUGAAACUCCUGGAUGCCAAGGGCAAGGUCUGGACACAAGAUAUGAUUCUUCAUGUGGAUGACAAAGCUGUCAGACUAGUGGACUUAGAAUCCAAGAAUGAACUUGAGAACUUCCCCUUGAACACCAUACAGCAUUGCCAGGCGGUGAUGAAUUCGUGCAACUACGACUCCAUCCUUGCUCUAGUGUGCAAAGAGCCAUCCCAGAGCAAAGCAGAUCUCCAUCUUUUCCAGUGUGAUGAAGUGAAGGCUAACUUUAUCCAUGAAGAUAUUGAAAGUGCCAUCAGCGAUAGCAAAGGAGGGAAACCAAAGCAGCGACUUGAAACCCUCAGGAUGAUUUCCAGAUCAGAGAGUGCCAUUCCUCCACCUCCCAGAGCCCCAGCUCCUGUCCCCCCAGGGACUGUUACACAGGUGGAUGUCCGCAGCCGGGUGGCAGCUUGGUCCGCGUGGGCAGCUGAACAGGGAGAUUGUGAGAAACCAAAGCAAUAUCAUGAGCAUGAAGAAACAGCUGAAAUGAUGGCAGCCAAGAUUGACCGAGAUGUUCAAAUCCUGAAUCAUAUUCUGGAUGACAUUGAAUAUUUUGUCACCAAGCUUCAAAAAGCAGCAGAAGCUUUUUCAGAACUUUCAAAGCGGAAGAAAAGCAAGAAAAAUAAGAAGAAAGGGCCAGGUGAGGGGGUCUUAACUCUCCGUGCAAAACCUCCAUCUGCAGAUGAAUUUGUGGACUGUUUGCAAAAAUUUAAGCAUGGUUUCAACCUUUUGGCUAAAUUAAAGUCACACAUCCAGAAUCCCAGUGCACCUGAACUGAUUCAUUUUCUGUUUACUCCUCUAAAUAUGGUGGUUCAAACAACAGGAGGCCCCGAGCUUGCCAGCACAGUGCUCAGCCCUCUUUUGACAAAAGACACCAUUGAGUUCUUACGCUGCAUUGUCACAAGUGAGGAAGGACAACUCUGGGUAUCCCUAGGCAACGCAUGGACCAAAGCCAGAGCUGAGUGGCCCAAGGACCACUUCAUCCCACCCUACAUGCCACGAUUCAGGAAUGGCUGGGAGCCUCCUUUGCUGAGCUUCAUGGGAGCCCCAAAUGAGCAAGAACUCAACCAGUUAGCCGAGUCUGUGGCCAACGUGGCGGAACAGCAGAGGAAGCAAGAGAUGAAAAGAUUGUCCACAGAGGUAUGGAAAGCAAUAUGUUUUGUUCUCAUCUGCAGGAUGGGCUUAUGUCAGGAACAGGCAAUUUAGCAACAGUGUGGCACUUACAAUAACCCCUUGGAUGGCAUUUAUGGAAUCCCAAAAUUAUAUAAAUCAGAAGGCCACCAAACCUUGCAAGUCUUCACAAGAUUUCUGGCAAGAAUGCUCAACUAUCUUGAGGUUUGAGUCAUUAAAAAAGCCCUUCUCAGUCUUCAGAAUCUCACUCCAGCACAUGGUAUUGUGCCAUAGCACCUGCUACCUGACGAGUGACAAUAUGCCAAUGCGUGGCUUGUCUUGUGAAUCUCUUGAGACCGUUGUGUGAUGUUUUGUGGGAGCUUUCUGCAGCCUGACACCUUUUAGAUGGAUUACAGUUUUUGAGCACAUUGAGAAUUUGCGACCUAACAAGCAUGGUGUGUCUGGAGGCACUGAGCUGAGAAGCCUAGUUUAUGAUUAAAAUCCAAAGUAAAUGUGCUUACCUCCUUCAGAGCGAACAGGGCAGUUAUUUUUGACAGGGUUAGAAAAGGAAAUUAAAUUCAACCUGACAAGGCAGAGCAACCUGUUAUCAUCUCCCUCCCUUAGUCAUUUCUUCUCCCUCUGGGGGAGAAAACAGUGUGUUUUUGUUUGUUUGUUUAAUCUCAGACUUAUUUAUUUGUGUCUUAAGGUCAGUUAAGUGAGCUUGGUUGAGAAGUCAUGCAGCCUUGAGUGGUACGGGGAUAGAACGGGUGGGAUGGAGCUGAUGCAGGACUGUAAACAAGAUUGGGAAGUUGAAAAAAAUAUUCCCAAUAAGACAAACAUAAACCAAGAAAACUUCAUGGAUGCAUCCAUAUGGGUUGCCAGGGUUUGAACUGGACUAGAAGGCAAUUUUGCUUUUUUAUGCAUUUAAAAAAUAAAGCAUUUUUAUUCCAAGCUAUAAUCAGGAUGGGGCUAAUGGGCUCCAUAUUCUGCUUAUCUAAAACACUUGGUUAUGGUCAGAUUUUUGCUGAUGAUGUUGAUGAAGUCUCUGAUGAUGAGAAGGACAUGAUAGCAGUCUUCCAAUAUUUGAGAGGCUCUCAGAGAGAAAAGGAAGUCAACCUAUUCUCCAAAGCACCUGAGGGCAAGACAAGAAGUAACGGGUGAAAACCUAUGAAAGAGAGAUCUAAUCUAGAACUAAGGAGAAAUCUCAUAAUAAAACAAUCAGUGGAACGGCUUGCCUUCAAAGGUUGUGGGUGCUCCAACACUGGAGGUUUUUAGGAAGAGAAUGGACAG